GUCAUUCCAACAUGGCCGCCCCCGUCCAGCAAGAUUAGCUAAACUAGCCCUCGCCGAAUAUUGUGUCCGUUUUCACGUCACAAUGUGGCCACAACUUGGCACCGGCUGUUAUACAAACGUUUUACUUUGUAGAAGAAGCUUGUUGGCCGCCGCUCUUGACAAACGUCACCGAGGAGCAGCUCAAGCUGAUAGUAACAUCCGCCACCUGAGCCGCUGCAAAGCUCUGGUGUACACAAACCACGGAGAUCCUGCCCAUGUCAUACAGUUGCAGAAUGUGGACCUUCCCCCACUGGGUCCAAAAGAUGUUCUGGUUAAAAUCCUGGCUGCUCCCAUCAACCCAUCUGACAUCAACAUGAUCCAAGGGACGUAUGCCAUUCUGCCCGACCUCCCAGCCAUUGGCGGCAAUGAGGGCGUGGCCCAGGUGGUGGAGGUGGGCGGCCAGGUCACGUCUCUCCAAAAAGGAGACUGGGUCAUCCCAAGAGAUGCCGGAUUGGGCACGUGGAGGACGGCGGCUGUGUUGGACGAAGAAGACGUGAUCUCGGUGCCUGGCGACAUCCCCCUGUUGGCGGCCGCCACACUCGGGGUGAACCCCUGCACUGCUUUCAGGAUGCUGGUUGAUUUUGAGCACCUGGAGCCAGGUGAUUCGGUGAUCCAGAAUGCAGCCAACAGUGGCGUGGGACAGGCGCUCAUUCAGAUUGCAGCGGCGAGGGGGAUAAACACCAUCAACGUCCUCCGAGACAGGCCAGAGUUCACCCAGCUCAGUGAUAGGCUGAAAGCGCUGGGAGCGAGUCACGUGAUCAAGGAGGACGCACUGAGACGGCCCGAGAUGAAGGAACUCUUCAAGAUGUGUCCAAAGCCCAAACUGGCUUUAAAUGCAGUUGGAGGGAAGAGUGCCAUCGAACUGCUUCGUCAUCUCCGGAUUGGAGGGUCCAUGGUGACCUACGGAGGGAUGUCCAGACAGCCCGUGACUGUCCCUGUGAGUGCUCUUAUUUUCAAGGACGUGAAAGUGUGCGGCUUCUGGGUGACGCAGUGGAAGAGACAACACUCAAUUGGAGCGUUCAGAAGCAUGCUGGACGAGCUGUGCUCCCUCAUCCGCCAGGGAAAGCUGAGCGCUCCCGCCUGUGCCGAGGUGGCCCUGGGCGACUACCGCCAAGCUCUGGACGCCGCCAUGCAGCCUUUCACCUCGGCCAAGCAGAUCCUGAUCACGUGAUGAAGCGUCACCAUGUCAGGUUGAAAGUUCACCAUUGUAGAGGCACAAUCUUCUUUUAUGAGCCAUUUAUGAGUUGAUACAUAAGAGGCGUCCAGGAUGGACUCAUAUCGUAGGCCAUAUAAUCAACAUAAAGACUGAUACUGUUUAUUUCAUUUUUAAGCGGCAAACAAAGAGUAAUAUAUUUUGUAGAAACGUGGAAUGGACUAAAUCACGUAUCUAUGAAAGCCAUACAGGUGAUAAGAAGCUAAAUGUACCUGGUUUAUGUUUACAAUUGUCAUAUCUACUUGGCAGAUUUUUAGAUCACAUUAAAAUACAAAGCUUUGGUCAUUGAAA